CAGGCCCUGCUGGACCUGGCGCUGUCUUCAUCUCCCAGUUACCCACGGUCGCCGCGGGCGGGAAUCGGUACCCCGGAGCGCAAAGCCUGACGCGUCCCCCCUUUCUCAUCCCGCCCCCCCCCACCUCCCACCGCCCAGCCUCUGGCGGCGAUGAGACAGAGCGGCACCUCCCAGCCCCUGCUGAUCAACAUGUACCUGCCAGAUCCCGUCGGAGACGGUCUCUUCAAGGAAGGGAAGAGCCCGGGGUGGGGUCCACUGAGCCCUGCCGUCCAAAAAGGCAGUGGGCAGAUCCAGCUGUGGCAGUUUCUGCUGGAGCUGCUGGCGGACCGCGCCAACGCCGGAUGCAUCGCGUGGGAAGGGGGCCACGGCGAGUUCAAGCUCACGGACCCAGAUGAGGUGGCGCGGCGCUGGGGCGAGCGCAAGAGCAAGCCCAACAUGAACUACGACAAGCUGAGCCGCGCGCUGCGCUACUACUACGACAAGAACAUCAUGAGCAAGGUGCACGGCAAACGCUACGCCUACCGCUUCGACUUCCAGGGCUUGGCGCAGGCCUGCCAGCCGCCACCGACGCACGCCCAGGCCGCCGCCGCCGCGGCCGCGGCCGCCGCCGCAGCCCAGGACGGCGCACUCUACAAGCUGCCGGCCGGCCUCGCCCCGCUGCCCUUCCCCGGCCUCUCCAAACUCAACCUCAUGGCCGCCUCCGCCGGCGUCGCGCCCGCCGGCUUCUCUUACUGGCCGGGCCCGGGCCCCGCUGCCACCGCCGCCGCCACGGCUGCGCUCUACCCGAGCCCGGGCUUGCAACCCCCGCCCGGGCCCUUUGGCGCUAUGGCCGCCGCCUCGCACUUGGGGGGCCAUUACCACUAG